AUGUGGGCGGCUGGCCGGGCCGCCGCUGAGAGGAGGGGCCUCCGAGGGAGGGUCAGCGCAGCCGGCUCAGGUUACCAGAAGCUGAAGACAGGAAGAUUUAGCGAGGGAGCCGGGACCAGCACAGUGUGCUGUUUGUCCGCCUUUGAAACCGGAGGCCGAGCGGCGGGGGCGGGGAGCGGGCGGGAGGCCGCGGACACUCGGGUGAAUUAUCGCUCCGUUCGGGUUCUGACUUCCAAGGCUCUGGCCGCCCUCCCCCGGCCCCAGCUCCUGUUUCUCCAGUGGGCUGGCGCGGGGCCGCCGCACCCGGCGCGGCUCCUCCGCCCACAAACAAGCUCCGAUUGUACGGCGGGCGAGCGCGCCAGCCCGGGGCUGGGAGGUGGGUGGGGGUCCGCGGGCGGGCCGGGGUCCCGGCGCGGGCAGGUGCAGCGCGGGGCUCGACGGCAAGGGCUCUGGCGGGCAGGGAGCGUUGGCGAGGCCCCGACGGGGGUGGGGAUCGCCAGGCGCCCAGCUCACCUGCAGCGCCGCGCCUGGAAGCGUUUAGCGCGAGAGGGCGCGCCCAGCGCGAGGCUCCCCCGCCCGGCGGCCGCCCGCUGGGCCUGGCCCGCGCCCCGCGCCCUUGGCACAGCCGUGGCCGCCGCGCCGCCUCCGGAAGGCCGGUUUCCCGGAAAGGCCCGAGGACGGCGGGGAAUCCGCGCAGAGGCCCUGGAGCCACCCCUCUCCUCCCCGAUCCCGCCCGAGGCGAGCUGGCGCGCUGGGGAAGCUGACGCCCGAGCCCCGGGCUGCGCGCGAGGCCGGCGCCGGUCUAGGGCACAGUCCCAGGGAGAGGGACCUCCCCCGUGUCCUUCUAGGGGUCCCCAUUCCUGCGAGCCCCGAGCCCGGGGGCCUGGCCCGGGACCCCCGGGGGCUGGCCCUCCCGGCAGCCGCGCACUCCCUGCCGGGGGCUCGUCGCCCCGCCGUCCGCCCGCCUUCCCCGGCCGAGCGCCCGGCCCCAGCACGCACAGGGUUAAGCAGGAGCAGGUGUGUCGCCAGAUGCCGCUCACCACCCCUCUCCCCCGCAGCCCCGUCGGCCUCCUCCUCCGCCCACCCGCUCAGAACCAAACAGUCCCAAAUAAAAGUGCUAUUGUUGCCUUUCCCCACCCCCGUCGCUGCCCCGCCACCUGGAGCGGGGCCCGGUCCCCUCUUCACCUGCCCCGGGGCCGGCCGGGGGGAGGGGAAGUGGGGCCUCCGAGCGGGGACUUCCGCUCCCCCUGGGCCUCCAGCGUCCCCGCCCCCAGCGCUCCCAGCACCGACCCCUGGGUUAAGGCCGGGGGGCGGGGGACGUGGUUUUGGGGGGAGGGAGACUCCUGCGCGCUCCGGGAGGGUUCUGUCCUUGGGCCACCCAUCUUCUGCCCCGUCACGAGGAUGGAGUGGCGCCAAGGGAUUCGGAUUCUAGGCCUUCAACUUGGAGAAGCAAGAGCAGAGUCGUCGGCGCGAGAGCAUCAAGGCUACGCCCUGAGGUCAGGACAGCCGGGCGUGGCGGCAUCCCCUCGGGCCCUCGCCGCCACGUGCGCGUUCCGUCGGGCUGCCGCGAAAGGCCGGCACCCCAGGGAGUCCAGAUGGGAGGCAGAGUGCAGCCUGGGGGGUCGGCCCUGCGCCUCUGUGGCCCAUGUCUCUGAGCCCUGCCUCUGCGGGUGCAGCCUGAGGACCAAGGCCGUGCUGCACCCUCGGCCCCCUCCCGUCUCCCACCCAGCCUCUCGGGUGCUCCCCAACUUGUCAUCCGGAAGGAAGCAGCUGUCUUCUCCAGGGACUGCAUUCAAGUCUCAGUUCUCCCAGAAUGCUCCGAAGCCCAAGGUGAGCGCCAAGUCCCAGCUGGCCUCUGGGGACAGGUCAAGAGCUUCCUGCAGUGCCACACCACUAUGCAGGCUGGUACCCGUGGGCAUGUGGCCUCGGGGAUUUCUUAACCCGCUCUCCAAGUCCUGGCCAGAGGAGCCCCUGCACACCUAUAUCCCACCGGGAGGGAGCCACUUCCUCAGCCUGGAAGCCCUGUCCCCUGUGAUGUCACUUGUGGAGGGUGACAAAGCCCGGUCCUCUCCACCAUUCUCUUUUAAAUAA